CUCUAAACUCUCUCUCACGCUUAAACACCCACAUCACAUGUCCCAUGUCAUGUAGGGAGAGAGAAGAGAGAGAGUGUAUGUGUAAUCAGGUGAGCAGCAAGGAGAGGUCAGGAUUUGCUACAAAUCCGCAAUUGGGUAAACCCCCCAAACCCCCCACCCUUAUCCUAUCUACUUCUCCUCGGCUCUCUGUACGUGUUUCUUCACUUCCCAGCUCCUUUUCUUUCUUUUCUCUUUUCUCUUCUCUUCUCUUCUCUUCUCUUUCAUUUUCUGUUUCCCCCCUUUGCUUGGUUCACCACUGAUUUCUCUCCAAGUACUGCCAUUUCAAGCCCUUUCCGUUUUAUCUCACCCUGUGCAUGCUCACCAUUUUGCUUCAAUCAGUGGCCAUGUACCAGUGGUUUUUCUCCAUUUAGCUGCUUUGUUUCAACAUUCUGCAAUGUUUUUUUGAACUGGGUAUUCAGUUUUUUCUCCAAAUAUAGCCAUUUCAUAGUCGAAAAAACAUAAUCAAAAUGGCUCCAAGGUCAGGUAGAGGCAAAGGAAAUAAGGGUAAAACAGAGAAGAAGAAGAAGGAGGACAAAGUUGUGCCCAGUGCUCUUGACAUAACUGUCAUCACCCCAUAUGAAUCACAAGUCAUACUCAAGGGCAUCUCCACUGAUAAAAUACUUGAUGUGAAAAAGCUGCUAGCUGUCAAUGUGGAAACAUGUCAUCUCACCAACUAUUCUUUAUCUCAUGAGGUUAAGGGACAGAGAUUGAAUGAUAAAGUAGAGGUUAUAUCUCUGAAGCCAUGCUUGCUGAGGAUGGUUGAAGAGGACUAUACAGAGGAAGCCCAUGCAGUAGCACAUGUGCGUAGGCUCAUGGACAUAGUUGCAUGCACCACCUUCUUCAGCAAACCCAGGAACACCAGAUCACCACCUGCAGCCACAGAAGCUCGGAGCAGGAAGACCUGGAACCAGAACCUGGAUGGCGAGCUCAGAAGCGGGUCUGCGGUGGAGCCUUCUAUCUCAGAGAGAUAUGACAUGGCUGCCAUUCACCCCAACCCAAAACUCUCUGAUUUCUAUGAGUUCUUUGCUUUGUCUCACCUCUCUCCCCCUAUUCUAAAUUUGAGAAGAAGCGACAGGAAAGAUGGAGGAGAGAAGCAAGAGAGUGACUAUUUUGAGAUUCAGGUUAAGAUCUGCAACGGCAAGCUAAUACAAGUGGCUGCUUCAGUGAAAGGGUUCUGCACCAGGGGAAAGCAAUUUUUACAAAGCCACUCCCUGGUGGAUCUUCUGCAACAGCUCAGCCGAGCUUUUGCCAAUGCAUAUGAAUCCUUAAUGAAAGCUUUUGUAGAACACAAUAAGUUUGGUAAUCUUCCAUAUGGAUUUCGUGCAAACACAUGGCUGGUCCCUCCAUCUAUUGCUGAAAAUCCUUCAAGUUUCCCAUCCCUACCAUCAGAGGAUGAGAGUUGGGGAGGCAAUGGUGGGGGCCAGGGAAGAAAUGGUAAACAUGAUCUUCGGCCAUGGGCAACGGAUUUUGCAAUAUUGGCUAGUCUUCCUUGCAAAACUGAGGAGGAGAGGGUGGUCCGAGACAGGAAGGCUUUUUUGCUUCAUAAUCUAUUUGUUGAUGUUUCUAUCGUUAAAGCUGUUUCAUCAAUUCGCCAUGUCAUGGAUUCUAAUGUGAAUUCAAAAGACACAUCAAACUGUUCUUCAGGCUCAAUCAUGCACAAGGAUCAUGUGGGGGACUUGUGUAUUACAGUAAAGUGGGAUUCAGCAGAUGCAAGGUCGAAGUCUGAAGGGAAAGUUAAUGGCAGUUACUCACCUGGCAUGUCUGCUAAAGAAAUUGCUCAAAGGAAUUUACUUAAAGGUGUGACUGCAGAUGAAAGUGUAGUUGUUCAUGAUACUUCCUCAUUGGGUGUUGUCAUUGUAAGACACUGUGGAUACACUGCAACUGUACAAGUUGCUGGUGAUGUGCAGAAGGGAAAACUCAUGGCUCAAGAUAUUGAAAUUGAUGAUCAACCAGAUGGGGGAGCCAAUUCUCUCAAUGUUAACAGUUUACGGGUUCUGCUUCACAAGUCAUGUAGUGCUGAAUCCACUGGAGGAUGUCACUCACCUCAGGCCACUGUGGAUGAUCAAGAAACUUCUAGAUGUCUGAUCCGGAGUGUAAUUGAACAGAGCUUGGCUAAGUUAGAAGAGGAGCCUGCUGUUUCUGAAAGGUCUAUCAGAUGGGAACUCGGAUCUUGUUGGGUGCAGCAUCUACAGAAACAGGAAACUCCAGCUGAUAACAGUUCUAAAGACCGCAAGGAUGAAAAUGGGACUGAACUUGCUGUCAAAGGUCUUGGGAAGCGAUUUAAACUGUUGAAGAAGAGGGAAAAGAAACUGACUAUGAAUGGCACAGAUGUUAAGGAAGGAAAUGAUUCUCGGCCCAGCAGCAUAAAUGGUGGAAUAGAUGGAGGGGAGUCCAACAGUGAGGCUGAAUUGAAGAAAUUAGUUAGCAAGGAAGCCUACUUGCGUUUGAAAGAAACGGGAACUGGUCUUCAUCUAAAGUCUGCCGACAAACUUAUUGAGAUGGCACACAAGUAUUAUGAUGAAAUCGCUUUACCAAAGCUGGUGACGGACUUUGGAUCACUUGAGCUUUCUCCUGUUGAUGGCCGCACGCUAACGGAUUUUAUGCAUUUAAGAGGACUACAGAUGCGCUCUUUGGGUCGUGUGGUGGAACUUGCUGAGAAACUUCCUCACAUACAGUCACUCUGUAUUCAUGAGAUGGUUACUCGAGCAUUCAAGCAUGUACUCAAAGCAGUUGUUCGUUCUGUUGAGAAUGUUGCAGAUUUGCCUGCAGCAAUAGCAUCAUCCUUAAAUUUCUUGCUGGGAUGCUGCACCAUGGAAGACAGUGACCAAAACUCGAGACAUGAAAAUGUUGUCAAAUUACAGUGGUUAAAAACUUUUCUUACCAGAAGAUUCGGUUGGACACUAAAAGAUGAGUUUAAACACUUGAGGAAGUUCUCAAUUCUUCGAGGACUUUGCCAAAAGGUUGGGUUGGAGUUGAUUCCAAGAGAUUAUGACAUGGAAUGCCCAAACCCCUUCAGGAAACAUGACAUUAUCAGCAUGGUUCCUGUGUGUAAGCAUGUAGGGUGCUCUUCUGCAGAUGGUCGGACUUUAUUGGAGUCAUCGAAGAUUGCGCUUGAUAAAGGAAAGCUAGAGGAUGCUGUUAACUAUGGAACAAAGGCACUGGCAAAGAUGAUAGCUGUAUGUGGUCCAUAUCAUCGAACCACUGCAAGUGCUUACAGUCUUCUAGCAGUUGUUCUUUACCACACUGGGGAUUUUAAUCAGGCAACUAUAUAUCAACAGAAGGCUUUGGAUAUCAAUGAGAGGGAACUUGGGCUUGACCAUCCUGAUACAAUGAAAAGCUAUGGAGAUCUUUCAGUUUUUUACUAUCGUCUCCAACACAUUGAAUUGGCUCUGAAGUAUGUCAACCGUGCUUUAUAUCUUCUUCAGUUUACAUGUGGACUGUCUCACCCCAACACAGCUGCAACAUAUAUUAAUGUGGCUAUGAUGGAAGAGGGCAUGGGAAAUGUUCAUGUUGCUCUCAGAUACUUGCAUGAAGCACUUAAGUGCAAUCAAAGAUUACUAGGAGUGGAUCACAUACAGACUGCUGCCAGCUAUCAUGCCAUAGCCAUAGCACUGUCUCUGAUGGAAGCAUAUUCUCUCAGUGUGCAACAUGAGCAGACUACACUUCAGAUACUCCAAGCAAAACUUGGGCCAGAGGAUCUCCGUACUCAGGAUGCUGCUGCAUGGCUUGAAUAUUUUGAAUCAAAAGCUUUAGAGCAGCAAGAAGCAGCAAGAAAUGGAACUCCAAAGCCAGAUGCAUCCAUUGCAAGCAAAGGCCACCUUAGUGUAUCAGAUCUCCUUGAUUACAUUAGUCCAGAUCAAGAUUCAAAGGGGGGAGAUGCCCAGAGAAAACAGCGGCGUGCAAAGGUGGUGCAUGUUAGUGAUAAGUUCCAUCAAGCUCAGACUGAUGCAAUGACCAAGGACAUUGUUCUUCAUGAUAACAGAGAGAAAACUACAGCUGUGGUAGAAGAAAAUACUGAAGAAAUGAAGUUGGACACAGUUCCUCCCAAAGAACCAACAGACAAUGGUAACACUAGAACCGAGCAGACAGUUACAUUAAUUGAAAGUAUCCAAGAAACAAUCUCAGAUGAGGGAUGGCAAGAAGCCAAUUCAAAGGGGCGUUCUGGAAACAUUUCUAGUCGGAGAAUAUCCAGGAGAAGGCCAGAGCUUGCUAAGCUAAACGUGAGCAGGUCUGAGUACUCUAAUUUUAGAGAGAACAGCCACAGACGGGAAAUCAAUACAUCUGCCCAAAGAACAACCCCCAAAACUGUUUCAACUCAUUCAGCUCCAUUGAAGCAACGAAAGGUUAUUAGCCCAUGUUCUGGAGAGGAUUUGAAUAAACCGCAGGUGAAAACUCCAGUUUCCAAAAUUUCCUCAGCACCAGCAACUCUCACUGCCAUGGCUUCAAAAUCUGUAUCUUACAAGGAAGUUGCUGUGGCGCCUCCAGGUACGAUAUUAAAACCAUUACUGGAGAAGGUGGAAGAAAAAACUGAAGAGAAAACUGAAAUCCAGAUGUCUAACACUCUUGAGACAUCAAAGGGGGAAGAAAGUGACAAGGUCAUGGUAGAAGUAGAAGAAGCAGAAGCAGUACCAGAUGAUGAAGACACAAAAGGUAGUGCCGAUGGAAGUGUAACUGAGUCGGAGAAACCUGCCUCAGAACCUGAAGAAGUGUCCUCUCCAGAUGAUCAGGAAAAGCCCAUGGAAACAAAUGGGAGUAAGCUUUCAGCUGCAGCUCCACCGUUCAAUCCAGGUGCACACUCUCUGAUUCACACCCUAAGCUCAGCUGCUGUCACUAGUGUUUAUGAUGUAACAGCCAGCCAAGGCAUGCUUGCUGAGCCUAUGGAACUCCCUCCUGUUGCUGCAAGAGUUCCUUGUGGACCAAGAUCACCCCUCUAUUAUCGAACAAAUAACUCUUUCCGCAUCAAAAAUGGAUAUUUGAAAUACCAAAACCCUGUCAUCGGACGAAGCGGAUUUGGGCCUUCAAGAAUCAUGAACCCACAUGCACCAGAGUUUGUUCCUAGAAGAGCUUGGCAAACAAAAACUGCAAAUGCAGAUUCACAAGCUCCACCUGAGUCGGAUUCUUUUGUUGAAACCAAUAAAGAGCUUCCCACAGAAGAGGAGAAUCUUGAUAAGAAGGCCACCAAUAAAGCCAAAGAUGGAAGGAAAAAGAGUACCUCUGAUUCGGAGAAGUCGGAGCUGGCAAGGCAGAUACUGCUUAGCUUCAUUGUAAAGUCAGUCCAGCAUAACCUGGAUCCUCCAAGUGAGGCUGCAGUCAAUGAGAAGCACGAAUACACUGGAAGUUCUUCAGAAGCCAUUGCAAACGACAGUGCAAUUAUAAAAAUCCUUUACGGGAACGAGGGGAAGACCAACUUAGUUUCUGAAUCCAGUGACGGUCAGCAGGCAAAACCAGAUGUAAAUAAGAACAAUAACGGUGAUGGUGAGGGAUUUACAGUAGUCACAAAGCGGAGAAGAAAUAGGCAACAUUUCACAAACGGAGUAAAUGGGCUGUACAAUCAGCAAUCAAUCUGCGCUUCGGUCCGCUGACAAGAACUGAAAAUGAGUAAAAUGAGAGAGGUGUUAUCUUGUUCAUCAAGCAGUUGUAGUGUGAUAGAAGCAUCUUUGGAUCCCAUUUCAACAGUGUAAAAAAUGGUUGAGAAAUAAAUGAUAGAAGGGAAGUUGCAGGUAUCAUAUGAGAGUUGGAACUCUACAUGUAGGGAAGCCCACGUCGGAUGUUCUAAUAAUCCAUGUAGAAAUUGUUGUUUUCUCUUGUUUAGAGAUUUUGUUUGAUCAAUGAAAGGCUAAUUGCCUCUUUCAAUAA